GAACGGAGUAAGUAAUUAACAGUGGUGCUGCCGAUAAGGUUGCAGUUGACAAGCACAAUGUUAUACUUCCCCUGUAACUUUUUAUGAGUAGAACAGUAAUUAACAGUGAUGCUUAUUCGCAAAAAAGGAAAAAAAAACUGAAGAGUCAAAAAACAUCGUAUACAACGAGUCUGCCUGUCCGUCUGUUUAUGAACAAUAGGCGAUACUUUUUAUGAGUAAGUUAUACAGUGGGAAGUUCAUCCGCCUUUCUUUUACUGUCCGUCUGUAUUUCGUGUGUUUACUGCAUCUCGUUCGUGCGAAAUAACUGAAGGAGUUCCGUCGGAAGAGCGAUCUUAACCUGCCAAGCACGCGAGAAGGCCAACGGAGAGAUGGCAAAGGCGAGGGCCACGCCGAAGGUAGCUCGCCGGCGAGCCAGCGCCGUGAGGCCCCUGCCGAGCGGGCCCCAUCGCUUCCUCCGCCUGGUCGCCACCAUCCGAAAAAUCACCCGCCGCCGCCGCCGCCACAGGGGCCUUACCGCAGUCUCCCCGUCCUCGCCGCCACCGGUCCCGGUCUCCAAGAGGCGGCAAUGCGCGACCCGGCCUCCAGCCCCGUCUCCGCCGCCGCCCCGCGAGGCCGAGACGCCGCAGGAGCCGAAGCGCCCGGAGGAGGAGGAGGCGCAUGCCGCUGAUGCCGCCGCGGUGGCCGUUGCGGGCAAGUACUGGGCCCACCGGCACAGCCUCUUCUCCCUGUACGACCGCGGCGUGCGGAUGGACGCCGAGGGCUGGUACUCCGCCACCCCGGAGGCCAUCGCCGCCGCGCAGGCCGCCCGCGCCGCGCCCGCCGGCCUCGUCCUCGACGCCUUCGCCGGGGUCGGCGGCAACUCCAUCCAGUUCGCCGCUAGGCGCGUGCCCGCCGCCCCUUUCCGUUUCCGGGUCGCUCGUCUGCUCCGCUCCCGCACUGUUAACAUCGUCGCCGGCAUCUUGUGCUCGUGCAGGGGCUGCUACGUGGUGGCGGUGGAGAUCGAUCCCCGGAAGGUGGAGCUGGCGAGGCACAAUGCCAGGAUCUAUGGCGUGGAGGACAUGAUCGAGUUCGUCGUCGGCGAUUUCUUCCUGCUCGCGCCUUACCUGAAGGCAGAUUUGGUGUUCCUUUCACCACCAUGGGGAGGGCCAGCAUAUAAUCAAACACCAGUGUACACCCUCGAUAUGCUGAAGCCAAAGGACGGGCAUGCAGUAUUUCAAGCUGCUCAGAAAAUAGCUCCUAAUAUCAUCAUGUUCUUGCCACGGAAUGUGGACAUAAGCCAAGUAGAGGAACUUUCGUGGUUGUCUUCUCCUCCCCUAGAUUUUGAGAGUGAAGAGAGCUACGUACAGCACAGAUUCAAAGGAAUUACCGCUUACUUUGGAGAUGUGGCACGAUGAUCCAGUUCAAUAUCGAAGUUGAGGGCAAGGACCCAGUGAGGCGAAGUUCUUCCUAAGCUACUUAUGUUUUUUUCCUCCCAAGUCCUAAGUUGGUGCAGAAAGAAUUAGUCUUGCAGAUGUGACACCCAUGUACAUAUCAACUGAAUUUCGACCAUUUCAAUUAAUAUAUGAGUUGGUCAUAGCCAAGAGAUCAUCAUUCUAAUAA